AUGAUGUUCGAAAGUAUCUGUUAAUUUGACAACCAUGGAUUAAAACCAAUAUUAGGAGUAUGCACAAACUUAACAUGCAAAAAAUUUAGACCUUAUUGUCAUUAAUGUUUGAUAGAAUUUCACUUUGAUCAUAUUACAGAAAUUAAGGAUUUACAUUAAAUAUCAUUUUGGUCUUAAAGCUGUGCUCCUUUAUAAGAACAAUUGAUUUAAUCAAUCAAUUAAUAUAGCAGCAUAGUUGAUUAACUUACAAAUCUAAAGAAUUCUUUAUAAUUUGAUUGUUCAAUUGAUCUAUCACUACUCAGAUUGUCAGAUUUAAAUAAUCAUAUAAAUUCUUUAGUAAACUUAUCAUCAAUUUAAGAUUUUAUUCAAGAUAUAUUUAAUAAAUCUCAAGAUUAAUUAGAAAUGGUGACAAUGUUGUGCAAAGAAACAAUUUCUUUAUAAUGUAUCAUUUUAUAUAAUUAUAUUUUAAGAAUAUAAAGAAAACAUUUAUUAUUAAGAGGAUAAGCCAGAAGAAUUAUUAGAUGAUAUAUAAAUACUUGCUGAAAUAAAUGAGAUAAAGAUAGAAUCGAUUGAAAAAAAAUCAAACAUAGAUAUAGAUACAAAUUUAAGUUAAAAUGAUACUAAUAUUAAAACCCCAGAAAAAUAACCAAGAUUAAGUUUAAAUGAUUCUAAUAUCAAAACCCCAGAAAAAUAAACAGGAAAUUAAAUGCCAAAAAUUAGAAAUUCAGAACAAAAUAGCAAAGUAAAAUCAAAUUAGAAUAAUACUUCAUAAAUUAGAUCUUAAUCUUAUAAAAAUUAAAUCUCAACAACUCAAUAAAGAAAUAGUAUUAGUAAUCUAAAAAAAAUAAUUAAUUAACCAAAAUAAUAAUAAGUUUAAACAUUAUCAAAAGAAUAAAAUUAUAUGUUGUAAUUAAAAGUAAUAUAGCCUGAAAAAGAUAAAUAAAAAACAAUAAAAACACAAGAAAAUGAGAUUACAUCUCCUAGUAAUUAGAGUUCAAUAUUUAUUUAAUAACAAGAACCAUUAACAACAACAACUAUAAUAUAAUAACAAGGAUUUAGAUUCUCAGAAAACUUAAGAUCUUAAAGGACUAAAUUAUAGAAAAAUUGUAAAAUAGCAAUAGGUUCUGGAGGGUUUGUUCUUUGUGAACCUUGUAUUCCAAUGGAAGGACAAAGUUAAUUUGAAAUCUUAAUUGAUAAAUGUGAUCUAGUAUAUUUAGGAAUUUGUAGUAAAUUCAUUGUAUAAACUUAUAAUUUUGAACCUAAUAUUUAAGCAUUUGAUACUCAUGGGUAUUAAUCUUUAUUAUUAAUAAAAUUAGUUCCUAUCUUAUAAGUAAUAAUGGAUUUUCAUAUUCUUGUAUGGAAUAAGAAUUAAAUAAUGUUAAGUAAAAGUUAAAUUUUAGUUCAGGAGAUAAAAUUACAAUAACUGUAAAUUUUGUAUCAUCUUUAAUUACAUGGAAAACUAUGUAUAAAAAACUAUUUGUAUUAUUUUGAUUAUUAUAUAAAGACUAUGAGAUUUGAUAAUACUAAGGAAAUGUAUGUUUGUGUUAAAUUUCAGAGACUAAGAUUUUCAAAUGACUCUUAAGUAGAAAUUUUGAAUUAUGAAUUAAAUAAUUGA